AUCCAUUGGAAACGCUGCGAAGAAAUUGAGUUUGAAAUUGCAGUUCAGUCUUGUCGUGAAUGCAGCGCAGAUCGAUAUUAAAACCUGGAGCAGCGGGUGGCGCUUUGAAAAAAUUCGACAUUUAAUUUUUGUAUCCCUAUUUGGGUAGAAAUUCUCCAAAAAUUUUCAUGCACACAUCUCAUCAGCUUCAAUAUCCUUACAAAAGUUAAAUCAAAAUUGUUAUAAAUACAAAAAAGUGUGUUACAAAUCGAGUUGAACAGUUGUGUAAGCAAAUCGAGUGCUUGAACUAAAAGGUGAAAUCAAUAGUUCAAAUAAUAAGAGGUGCUGGUAAACUAACAAGGAAUUCGUUUCUUUCAUACGUGGAAAUAUUAACUCUGAUGUGGCAUUAAAAAUUUUCGCCUACGUACAGUGAAAAUUUUCCGAUUUUUAGUAUGUAUAUGUACGUUGAGGCGCUUGUGGGCACCGCAGUAGCAUCGGGUGGAGGGGGCAUCCGGCGAGCUUUUGCCACCCCUACACCAAGCUACAUAUUCGGCUGCUAACGGUUUGCUAACACGAAUAAAUUGUGAAAAAAAAGAAUGUGCACGCUGUUGAGCAAUUUGUCAAGCAAUAUGCAAAUGAAAUCUACAAAAUGCCAAAAACUCAAAGAACAUUGCAAUCGAAAGUGGAAAACAAGGCAACAUUAGCAACAAUUUAAGUGAUUUGUGCUAAAGAAAAAAAAAAACAAAAGAAAUAAGUAACGGUAACAGCGUAACAGCGUAAGAACAGCCGCAGCCAACUUUGCGUACGACGAGCUUUUCUCUCCCACUCUCUUGCUCUCUCGCUCUCUUUAAUUCUCUCUCGCUCUUUUGAUUGACGCUCUCACACACGACUACACAAAGAAAAGUUCAAUGAAAGUUACACGCGCGGAUAAAAUUCCAAAGUGUUUCGCUCGCGUGUAGUAAUAGUAGACACCAAUACAAGGACACGCGCCAGAAACGGAAAGCUGCCCGUCAAGGACUGGAAUACGAAUACGAAAAGGAAUACGAAUACGCAACUGACAUUUACGUUUUACGCGCGCAACUCCUCAUGCUUGCAUUGGUGCGUGCGUGCGUGCGCGUGGCUGUGUGUGUGUGAAUGAGCGCGCGCCAAGUGCAACAUAUCUGAGUUAAAGAGCCUGAGAUAAAUAUACAACACAGAUCCGGACACAGACUAUGCACUUGCGGCAAUGACAGCCCACAGCAUUGAGAACGCCCACAAAAUGGACGAGCUGCUGUCAGAGAAUAAUAAUAAUAAUGGCACCCGGCUACUGCCCGAGCCAGCGACCACUAAGGCCUGCUCCUCUUCCUCCGACUUGCUGUUCAAUAAGGCGCGCCGUCGGCGAAGAGUUCUCGCCGAGACUCGCCCGCAGCCCUCGCGUCCUCAGCGUCGUUGUCGUUCGCGCUCUUGCUCCCGGCCAGCCAUCGUGGUGGAAUAUCGUCGCUCAUAUCGGGUGCUGAUUGUGACGGCGCUUCUGGUCAGCCUGGUGGCCAGUUUUAUAACGAUCAGCGCUGGCUUCCAGCUGGACGGUUCGCAAAGCUCGUUCUACACCUUUCGCAAAUGGUAUACGGGUCUGAAUGGCACGCUGGAGCUGGAGUUCAAGACGGAGCAGCCCAACGGCCUGGUGCUCUAUACGGACGACGGCGGCACUUACGAUUUCUUCGAGCUCAAGCUGGUCGAGGGCGCACUGCGUCUGCGCUACAAUCUGGGCGGCGGUGCCCAGAUCAUAACGGUGGGACGCGAGCUGCACGACGGACACUGGCAUAAGGUGCAGGUGCUGCGCAACGAUGAUCAGACCUCCUUGAUCGUCGACGGCGUCUCACAGCAGCGUUCCACCAAGGGCAAGGAGUUCCAGUUCGGCAAAUUCGCCAGCAACUCGGAUGUCUAUGUGGGCGGCAUGCCCAACUGGUACAGCAGCAAGCUCGCAUUGCUGGCCCUGCCCAGUGUCAUCUUUGAACCGCGCUUCCGUGGCGCUAUUCGCAAUCUCGUCUAUGCGGAUCAGCCGGGCGGCAUCACCAGGCGGCAGGAAAUGAAGCAGCCGCGCGACAUUAAAUGUGGCGACGCGCCUUGCGACCAUGGCGAGAUGCCACCCCGCGAAAGAGGAAUGAGGGGCGUUCGCGGCAACACAACCGACGCCUGUGAGCGCAACGAUCCCUGCCAGCAUGGCGGCAUAUGCAUAUCCACGGAUUCGGGUCCAAUAUGCGAGUGUCGUAAUCUGGAGUAUGACGGCCAGUAUUGUGAGAAGGAGAAGGCGCCAUCCGAAGCAACGUUCCGCGGUACACAGUUCCUCUCGUACGAUUUGGGUCAGACGGGCGCAGAGCCCAUUGUCAGCGCCCAGGAUGCCAUCUCCUUCUAUUUUCGCACCCGGCAGCCGAACGGGCUGCUCUUCUACACGGGCCACGGUACUGACUAUCUGAACCUGGCGCUGCGCGACGGGGGCGUCUCGCUAACCAUGGGCUUGGCCAACGGCAAGCAGGAGAUGCACAUAAAGCCCGCCAAGGUGCGUUUCGAUGAUCAUCAGUGGCACAAGGUGACCGUCCAUCGCCGCAUUCAGGAAAUCUCGUCCAUAACCAGCUUCUGUCGGCUCGUAACGGUGGUGGAUGACGUUUACACGGAUCACUCGCACAUCGCCGGCAAGUUCACCAUGCUCUCCUCCUCGCGCGUCUACGUCGGCGGCGCUGUCAAUCCUCGUGCUCUGCUCGGCGCUCGCGUGCACAACAACUUCGUGGGCUGCCUGCGCAAGGUGGAGUUUUCGGCGGACACAUUGAACCUGAAUCUCAUCGAUCUGGCUAAAAGCGGCUCCAAGCUAAUACAGGUGGCGGGCAAUGUGGAAUACCAGUGCCCCAGCGGCGAUCCCCAGGACCCGGUCACAUUCACCACGCGCGAAUCCCAUUUGGUGUUGCCCCCCUGGGAGACGGGCAAGCAGAGCUCGAUAAGCUUUAAAUUCCGGACUAAGGAACCCAAUGGCAUCAUCAUACUAGCCACGGGCUCCAAGCAGCCACGCGCCAAAAACCCUGUGUUGAUUGCCAUUGAGCUACUCAACGGGCACAUUUACAUACAUCUGGAUCUGGGAUCGGGCGCCUCGAAGAUACGCGCCUCGCGACGUCGUGUGGACGAUGGCGACUGGCACGAUCUCAUUCUGCGCCGCAACGGCCGCGAUGCCAAGGUCAGCGUGGACGGUGUGUGGAACGACUUUCGCACGCCCGGCGACGGCACCAUACUCGAGCUAGACGGACACAUGUAUGUGGGUGGCGUUGGUCCCGCCUACAACAGCGUUGCCUGGCCGGCGGCCAUCUGGACAGCGACGCUGCGUCAAGGAUUUGUCGGCUGCUUGCGUGACCUGGUGCUUAGCGGCAAGGCGAUCGAUAUAGCUGCCUUUGCACGCGUGCAGGAUUCCGCUUCUGUCAAGCCCUCGUGCCAUGUGCAGGGCAAUGUGUGUAGCGGCAAUCCCUGCCUGAAUGGUGGCACUUGUCUGGAGGGCUGGAACCGACCCAUCUGCGACUGCUCGGCAACUCUGUACGGCGGACCUACUUGCGGCCGGGAGCUGGCCACGUUGGCCUUCAAUGGCAGCCAACACAUGACCAUUUGGCUGGCCAAUGGCCAGGGCACUAAGACGCAAACGGAGGAGCUGGUCAUACGCUUCAAGACCUCGCGACCGGCCGGUCUCCUGCUCCUAACCAGCGCCGAAUCCAAUUCCCCGGAUCGCCUAGAGAUCGCGCUAGUAGCGGGUCGUAUUCGCGCCAGCGUGCGGCUCAGCGAUCGGGAAAAGAACCUGCUCGCUGGCCAAUCGGUGCUCAAUGACAAUAAUUGGCACACCAUACGCUUCUCGCGCAGAGCGUCCAAUCUGCGUCUACAAGUUGACGGGGCUCCCCCCGUCAGGGGUAUGUUAUCUGAGACAAUACUGGGACGGCACAGUACCAUGGAGAUACGUUCGAUACACCUGGGCGGGCUGUUCCAUGCCGAGGAGGAGAUACAGAUGACCUCGACGAUGCCGAACUUCGUGGGCCAAAUGCAGGGCUUCAUAUUCAAUGGUCAGCGUUACCUGGACAUCGUCAAAUCGCUGGGACCGGAGCUGUCAGCACUGCCCAGCGCCACGUUCAAGCUGACGGCACGCUUUGUCAACUCGCCGGCGGGACAGCCGUAUCAUGCGGCUACCUUUCGCUCCAAGCACUCCUACAUAGGUCUGGCCAUGCUUAAGGCCUACACCAGCAUCUCUAUAGACUUUCGCUUCAAGACCGUGGAGCCCAACGGUCUGUUGGUCUUCAAUGGCGGACGACGCAAUGAUUUCGUGGCCGUGGAGCUGGUCAACGGGCACAUACACUACACAUUCGAUCUGGGCGAUGGGCCUGUGACCAUGCGGGAUAAGUCGCGGAUUCACAUGAACGACAAUCGCUGGCAUCAGGUCAGCAUUCGGCGACCCGGGCCCAAGACGCACACCUUGACCGUGGACGAUUCCUUUGAAAUAAUCACAUUAACGGGCAACAAUAUGCAUCUCGAGCUGGCGGGCAUCCUGUAUAUUGGCGGCGUAUUCAAGGACAUGUACUCAAAGCUGCCGGGCUCAAUAUCCUCCCGCUCCGGCUUCGAGGGUUGCCUGGCUUCGUUGGAUCUGGGCGAUAGCUCGCCCUCACUGACCAGCGAUGCGGUUGUGCCCAGCUCGCUGGUGGUCAGCGGCUGCGAAGGACCCACCAAGUGCAGCCAGAAUGCGUGCGCCAAUCGCGGCGUCUGUGUCCAGCAAUGGAAUGCGUAUGCCUGCGAGUGCGACAUGACCUCGUACACGGGUCCAACCUGCUAUGACGAAUCCAUUGCAUAUGAAUUCGGCAACAGCAAGGGCAUGGUGCAGUACAGCUUCCCGGAGAGUGCACAGGCGGACACCGAGGAGGACAACAUUGCGCUGGGCUUCAUUACCACCAAGCCGGAUGCCGUGCUGCUGCGCAUUGAGAGCUCGACCACACAGGAUUACAUGGAGCUGGAGAUAGUCGAGGGCAAUAUCUUUAUGGUGUACAACAUUGGCAGCGUGGACCUGCCGCUGGGCGAGAUCGGCACCAAGGUAAACGACAAUGCCUACCAUGUCGUACGCUUCUCCCGCAAGGGCGGCAACGCAACGCUCCAGCUGGACGACUACAAUGUGCAGGCGCUCACGCCUCAGGGACACCACUCGACCGUUUUCAAUACCAUGUCGAAUAUUCAGGUGGGCGGCAAAUUUAGCCGCAACGGUCGCACCAGGAUCGAGCGACCGUUUGCGGGCGUCAUCGCCGGCUUGUCGGUGAACAAGCUGCGUAUCCUGGAUCUGGCCGUCGAGCGAGAUCCGCAUAUCACCAUACGUGGAGAUGUUCAAUUGGUAACUGGAGUAUUAGAUAGAAAUGAUCUGCAGAGAAUGCAGCAGACGCCUGCGAGCGGCUAUCCGGGCGCCAUAGACGAUCUGAUCUUCUCCGGGGCCGGGUCCGGUUGUCGCGGCGACGACGAGGACGAAUGCACGCCCCCAUUUGAGUCGGGCAGCGGGGAUGACCUAAUAACGCCCGUCUAUGUGCCGCCCACCAAGCAGACGACGACCACACAGCAGGGCAACAACAAUCUGGGCUCCGAUCGCAACAACAACAACAACAACAACACGAACAACAAUGGCACGGAGCGCGCCUGCGAUGAUGAGGACUGUGUGCACGGUUCCGGCGAUUAUGGAGAGACAACGGAGCAGUUCACGUCGACCAGCACGGCCAAGGGUGCAGAGUCCAACAUCGAGCUGGUGACCGCAUCCACAACCGGACGCAGCGAUCUCACCACUGAGCAGCAGCAACAUGGCAGCAGCAGCAGCAGCGGAUUGGGCAGCAGCACCUCCACCUAUAUGACCACAAUGUCCAGUGCCGGCAGCAGCAGCAGCAGCUCAUCCAGCAGCCAGCCAAGCAGCACGUCCAGCAGCGCGGGCACCAGCACGCAGCGCAGCAGCCAGCCGAGCAGCAGCUCCAGCACGACGACAACAACCACGACGACAACAACAACCACGACAAGCACGACAACAGCACAGCCGGAGUUGCGCACCACGGUCACGGAGCGCGAAACCACGCACGAUAUCUACGUGGCGAUAGGAGGAGGCGGCGGCGGCGGCGGAGCUGGCGGCGGCAACCGGGAUCAUGAGCGCAUGCAGCUGCCUGACGACCACCAGUUGCCUCCUAUGCCCCCGCCGCUGCCACCCCAGCCAGAUCCGCCGCCAUACGGGCCCUAUGGCGGCACCACCUACAACAGCAAUGUGAACAGCUAUCGGCCCAAGGGCGGCAAGGGUGGACGCAUUAAUUCCAUUGAGGAAGAGCGCACAGCCAUGAUUAUAGGCAUUGUGGCGGGCAUUUUAAUUGCGGUUAUCCUGGUUAUCCUGCUGGUGCUGUGGCUCAAGUCGAACGGCGAUCGCGGCUACAAGACGGAGAGCGAAAAAGCCGCCGCCUACGGCUCGCAUAAUCCGAAUGCCGCGCUCCUGGGCAACACCAGCACCAAUGGCUCGUACCAUCAGCAGCGGCAGCAUCAUCAGGCAGCCGGUGGCGGGCUACCCGGACAGCUUCACGGUCAGCACCAGCUGCAGCAGCAGCAGCAGCAGCAGCAGCAGCAGCAUCACAACAUCAACGGAGCUGGUGGAGGAGGCGGUGGCAUGAUGUCCAGCGGCAGCGGCUCGCUCGGCUACGGCAGCGACGGGCGACCCCAGAUGGCGGGCCUGGUGCAGCCGAAGGCCAAGAAGCGCGACUCCAAGGAUGUCAAGGAGUGGUAUGUGUAAGCAACGCCAACGCCAACGC